AUGGAACACAUUCCGUUCUGUGUGGCGGACGCGGCAGCGUGCAGCUUCUCGGGGUGCGCCAUCGUCGUUCUCGCUUGCCAAAGCAUGCAGGAUGUUCUGUCUGUGCUGCAAGUUUGCACCGAAGUCGCGGGUCAGGGCAACGACGUUCGGACGAGCUCCAUGUACAUCAAGGCAUUCCCAUGUCUCGAGGGCGCACCAACGACGGUUGACGCACAGGUUCUCGCCUCGUACUAUUACAUCCCGACGUGUCCUAUGUGCGGCGACAGGCUCGAGUGCACCAUCACCGGCUACGGCUCGCAGACGCCUAUGUGCACGUGUGCGCAGAGCGGCAGCGCAAGCCAGUGCACCUGCUUCCUGUGCUCUUCAUGCCACCUGUGCCGGCGCUUUGCCGACUCGCUGGAGUACGCCCAACAGCAGCCAACGGCGCCCGCUGCCAUCAAGUGCGAGGCCUGCGCGAAGGCAGGGGACCCGUGGAUAUGCCUUAUCUGCGGCUACGUCGGCUGCAGCCGCUACCAGGCCAUGCAUGCCAAGGAUCACUGUGUAGCUCAGCAGCACUUCUUCUCUAUGAAUCUGCUGACGCAGCAGAUUUGGGACUACGACGGUGACUGCUUUGUCCACCGCGUCGUCAUCCUGCUGGACUCCAGCACGGGGACCUCCACGUGGAUGCAGUUCCCUGGCCGAGACGAGCCGAUGCUUGACGACGCCGUCGCCGGCGAGAACGCCGUGAUGGCAGCCGCCGUCGGCGACACGCCAGAGGCGUGGAAGGCAGAAAAGAAGAGCAUCUCGGCCAAGUACGACAAGAAACUCACCUCAUCGCACGCGCAGUAUGCGAUGGUGAUCAAGAGCGAGCUGGAUGCGAAGCGAGCCCUUUACGAGUCUCAGCUAGCCCGAGAAGCAGGCAGCGGCGAUGACGAUGAAGAGGGACUGGAGGAGACCGAGCUCGACACAGGCACCGCCAGCACCCGUGCCGAGGAGCUGGAGCGGUGCGAGUACAUGGACCUCGCAACCGCGUUUGAGCCGCUGGAGUCGGUAAUGAUGGACCUCGGUGAAAAGCGCCGCAAGACGACGGCUCUGCUCUACGCCGUGAAAAAUCUGAAGCACGAGCUGGACACACGGGGCGAGGAGACGACGCGCCUCGAGAAGCAGCUGGAGAGCUGCACGACGGCACUGCGGAGUGUCAUCCAGCAAAACGUAGCUACAGAUCUGCGACUCAGCAGCAGUAUAAGGGAGCUGAAGGAGACCCUGCAAGACAUUGCGCUGAACGCCGAAACGCAGCGCCGCCUCGCCGCACAACUUGGAGAGCAGGGCGUGUCGCGGGUGGUGCUGGUCGGCGGCAGCGGCGGCAGCGGCGGCGCCGGAAAAGCGCGGAACGGCGCUGCGGCCGCCGGGCGACGAUCGAACGAAAACGCGCCGCCAAGCGAUGCCGCGAAAUGA